AUGAGGGGAAGAAGCUACAGUUACAGUCCGUCACCUCCAAGGUAUGGUCGAAGAGAACGCAGUCCUAGUCCUAGGGGCCGUUACGGAGGCCGUUACAGAGGUCGUGAUAGAGAUUUGCCAACAAGUCUUCUUGUCCGGAACCUGCACAAAGAUUGCAGGCCGGAAGAUCUGCACGAUCCAUUUGGCCAGUUUGGUCCUGUCAAGGACGUGUAUCUGCCUCGUGAUUAUUAUACAGGGGAGCCAAGGGGAUUUGGGUUUGUUCAAUUUGUGGACCCAGCUGAUGCUGCAGAUGCCAAAUAUUACAUGGAUGGUCAAAUUCUUCUUGGUCGUGAGUUAACUGUGGUGUUUGCUGAAGAAAACAGGAAGAAACCUCAAGAAAUGAGAGCAAGAGAACGGGGAAGGUCAUAUGAUUAUAGGAGAUCUCCACGUCGUCGCCCUUCUCCUUCACCACGCUAUGCACGGACAUAUUCUCCUAGUCCAGACUAUUCCCCCUCUCCCAGACAAAGGCGAUACUCCAGAUAUUCCAGGUCAAUUUCACCAAGAGACGGGAGGUAUAGGAGGGGAUCAUACUCCAGAUCUCCUUAUGCAUCAAGAAGCCCCAGACGAAGUAGGAGUUACAGCAGGAGCAUAAGUCCAGGAUACUCUAGGUGA